CAGCGCCCCCUUCCUCUGUGGCCAUGACUCCGGCGCCACCCCAGCCACCGCCCCCGGGCCCGAACCCUGCCGCAGACUCUGCCACGGACCCCCGCCCAGAGCCUGGAGCCCUGGUCGUACUGUUCGGGGCCACGGCCGGUGCACUGGGGCCGGAUCUGGGCUCCGAUGAGACCGACUUAAUCCUGCUAGUGUGGCAAGUGGUGGAGCCGAGGAGCCGCCAGGUGGGGACGCUGCACAAGUCACUGAUUCGCGCCGAGGCGGCCGCACUGAGUCCGCAGUGCCGCGAGGCGAGUGGCCUGAGCGCCGACAGCCUGGCGCGGGCCGAACCGCUGGACAAGGUGCUGCAGCAGUUCUCACAGCUGGUGAUCGGGGAUGUGGCUCUGCUGGGCGGGGGCCCCUACAUGCUCUGCACUGAUGGGCAACAGCUACUGCGACAGGUCCUGCAUCCUGAGGCCUCCAGGAAGAACCUGGUACUCCCCGACACCUUCUUCUCCUUCUACGACCUCCGCAGAGAGUUCCAUGUGCAGCACCCAAGCGCCCGCCUUGCCAGGGACCUCACCGUGGCCACCAUGGCACAGGAGUUGGGGCUGGAGACAGAUGCCACAGAGGAUGACUUUGGGGUCUGGGAAGUGAAGACAAUGGUAGCUGUCAUUCUCCACCUGCUUGAAGGGCCCAGUGGUCAAUUAUUUUCGAAGCCUGAGGUGGUAAAGCAGAAAUAUGAGACCGGACCUUGUAGCAAGGCCGAUGUGGUGGACAGUGAGACUGUGGUUCGGGCCCGUGGGCUGCCCUGGCAGUCAUCAGACCAGGACGUGGCUCGCUUCUUCAAAGGGCUCAACAUUGCCCGGUGGGUGCAGCAGGAUGGGUGGGCCCAGGAGGGCAGGCCUAUGCAGGAGGUACUAACACAGCACUGGCUCUACAGGGGUGGUGUAGCACUCUGCCUCAAUGCCCAGGGCCGCAGAAAUGGUGAGGCCCUUAUCCGCUUUGUGGACAGCGAGCACCGGGACCUAGCAUUGCAGAGACACAAGCACCAUAUGGGUAUCCGCUAUAUUGAGGUAUAUAAAGCAACAGGAGAGGAGUUUGUAAAGAUUGCAGGGGGUACAUCACUAGAGGUGGCUCGUUUCCUGUCACGGGAAGACCAAGUGAUCCUACGAUUGCGGGGACUGCCCUUCUCGGCUGGGCCAGCAGACGUGCUAGACUUCCUGGGGCCAGAGUGCCCAGUGACUGGGGGUGCUGAUGGGCUGCUCUUUGUGCGCCACCCUGACGGCCGGCCCACUGGUGAUGCCUUUGCACUCUUUGCCUGUGAGGGGGUGGCACAGGCUGCACUGCGCAGGCACAAGGGCAUGCUGGGUAAGCGAUACAUUGAACUCUUCCGGAGCACUGCAGCUGAGGUGCAGCAGGUCCUUAACCGUUAUGCAUCCAGCCCACUCCUUCCCACACUAACUGCUCCACUGCUGCCCAUCCCCUUCCCACUGGUAGCUGGGACUGGGAGAGACUGUGUGCGUCUUCGAGGCCUGCCCUACACAGCCACCAUUGAAGACAUCCUGAGCUUUCUGGGGGAGGCAGCAGCUGACAUCCGGCCCCAUGGUGUACACAUGGUGCUUAACCAGCAGGGCCGGCCCUCCGGUGAUGCCUUCAUCCAGAUGACGUCAGCAGAGCGGGCCUUAGCUGCUGCUCAGCGGUGCCAUAAAAAAGUGAUGAAGGAACGCUACGUCGAAGUGGUUCCCUGCUCCACAGACGAAAUGAGCCGUGUGCUGAUGGGGGGCACUUUGGGCCGCAGUGGCAUGUCUCCUCCACCCUGCAAACUGCCCUGCCUCUCGCCACCAGCCUACGCCACCUUCCAAGCCACCCCAACACUCAUUCCCAAUGAGACGGCAGCUCUCUAUCCCUCUUCUGCUCUGCUCCCAGCUGCCAGGGUGCCUGCUGCCCCCACUCCCAUUGCCUACUACCCAGGGCCAGCCACUCAACUCUACAUGAACUACACAGCUUACUACCCCAGCCCCCCUGUUUCCCCCACCACUGUGGGCUACCUCACCACGUCCCCUGCUGCCCUGGCCUCUGCUCCUACCUCAAUGUUAUCCCAGCCAGGAGCCCUGGUCCGUAUGCAGGGUGUCCCAUACAUAGCUGGUAUGAAGGAUCUGCUCAGCAUUUUUCAGGCCUACCAGCUAGCCCCUGAUGACUACACCAGCCUGAUGCCUGUUGGUGACCCACCUCGCACUGUGCUACAGGCCCCCAAAGACUGGGUGUGUUUGUAG